AUGGCGGCGCGGCGCGGCCCAACGGCGGCGGGGCGCGGGGCGCGGGCGGCCGACGCGGGACGCGGGACGCGGGCGGGGCAGCGGCCACCCGGCCCGAGCGGACGCCGGACGCAGCGCCGGCCACCGCGGGGCGCGCCGUUGGGGGCGGAAACCGCUGGGGGCCGCGCAGCGCGCCUGCGCCGCCCCGCCUCCGCAACGGUAACCCCACCCCGCCCCGGCGAGGCCACGCCCCUCCGUUACCCGCCGCCCCGCCCCAGGCCCAACCGCCCGCCGCCCCGCCCCUCCGGCGGAGGCCACGCCCCCGGGUGGCUGCGCGCGCACUCGGCGGGCGAGAGGCGAGCACGUGCUUCCGGCCUUCAGCGCGACUCGACGCCCGCUGGUGGCCACGCCCCCCGCGGCUGCCGCGCGUGCGCCGCAGGCCCCAUCCGGGACAUCCCGCGCGCUGGGACUUCUGGCUGCUGGCUACCCCCUGUGGUGGUCAGGUUUGUGGUGGAGCUGAGCCCUGAUUGCCCCACACUGUGA